UUUCUUCUCUUCCAACUUACUAAUCGGGCUAAACCACAUAGACUUGAAGGAAGGGGCUAGGAGGAAGGGAGUGCCCCACUGCCAAUGGCCUGAGAGGAUCUAGUACAGAGAAGUCGACUACAGAGGGUCUCACCAUGCACAUAGCUCGUUCCGUGCCUAUGUGGAGGAAAAGUACUGAGUGAAAGGCAGAAGAAAGGAAACAGAAAUGCUUUGCCCUUGGAGAACUGCUGACUUAGGACUACUACUCAUUUUGACCGUCUUUCUAGUGGCUGCUUCAAAUAGUUCAAAUACGGAUGGAAAUCAGAUGAUACAGAACUCUUCAGUACCUCUCUCAGAAGUUAACAUUUCAGUGCCUGUGGUGAUGGAUACCAUGGCUGUGCUCCGCUGCCCACAUGGCUGUGCUCCGCUGCCCUCUUGUACCCCAUUGACAAGAGUGGUAACAACAUGGAAAAUAAGCCUCAGAGACAAGCCUUCCUGUACAAAAGCAUAUAGGAGUGACACAGACGAGACCAAGGAAAUCAACUGUACUGAUGACAGAAUAACAUGGGUCUCCAGACCUGAGGAGAAUCCUGACCUUCAAAUUGGUCCAGUGGCCAUCUCUCACGAUGGGUAUUACAAGUGUACAAUAGCUUCAGUUGGUGGGAAUUUCCUGCAUGAGUAUCACCUCCAAGUAUUAGUUCCCCCUGAAGUGACCCUGUUUCUAAGCAGGAAUAGAACUGUGGUGUGCAAGGCAGUAGCAGGGAAGCCAGCUGCACACAUCUCCUGGACCCCAGAGAGGGAUGAUUGUGACACUAAGGAAGACUAUUGGGCCAAUGGCACAGUGACUGUCCAGAGUACAUGUGCCUGGGAGGACCCCAAUGUGACUGCUGUGACCUGCUCUGUCUCCCAUUUGACUGGUAACAAGAGUCUGUGCAAAAAGCUGCUUCCCGAUACCAACCAAUUAGCAAAAUUACAUAUUAUUAUUAUCCUCAUUGUUUUGAUUUUGAUCAUCGUGGGACCCUUUGGGUUUUUGACAAUCAAUUGCUGCAGAAAAUGUAAAGUGAACAAAACAGAAGCUUCUCCAGUUUUUGAAGAGGAUGAAAUGCAACCUUAUGCCAGCUACACCGAGAAGAACAAUCCACUCUAUGAUACUACAAACAAGGUGAAGGUGUCUCAAGAAUUACAAAAUGAGGUUGAUUUAACAGGGCUCCACACUUUAUAAAUUACUGGAAUCCAGCAUGAAGAAAAAUGAAUCAAGAUACAUUAUAAUUACUGUUUUGAUUCUAGAAAAGAAGACUCAUGUUGAAUUUAGCUUUGCAAAGGUUCUUAGAAGGCAAAGACAUUUUCAUGGAUUUAGUUUGCUCAAGUUCUUAGAACACAAAGAUGUUCUAAUGGAUUUGUAUUCAUAUGCUUGUAUAAAUGGAAGUUUAGAUUCUUAGCUGCUACCAGCUAGUUCUCUUAAGAACUGAUGUCAUCAUUACAAAGAAAACAUGCUCAUGAUAAAAUAUUCAAGUUGUGAAGUAAAUGAUGAAAAAACUGACUUUCCUGAAGAAAUAACUCUGCAGAAAAAAAACAUCAAUAAUUUGUUAUAUUGAGACAUUCUUCCAGAUAAUGUUUACGUACAUAUGACAUGUCUGUAUGCCUAUGGUCUAUGUGUACAUUUAUAUAUCUAUUUACAUACACACAUAUCUUUGUCAAGACACCAAUGAGAGCAUUGUCACACUGUUAUGUACCUAUAAGUACCUAAUAAUAUAAGUCUUGGAGAGCUUGUAAUAACAAUACAAGCAGAGCUACCUCAUUCUUUUUAAUGGUUACAUAAAAUUCCAUUUUAUGGUUAUGUCAUAAUUUAAUUAACCACCACCCUAGUGAUGGACAUUUAAAUAGUUUUAAGUUUUGUUUUUUAAUUGUAUUUGUGGUAUAAACAAUACCACAUAGAAAAUUUCUUAUGCAUUUGUUUAAGUGUAUUCAUAGGAUAAUAUUUUGAGUGAAAUUGCCAGGUCAAAGGGUUUGUGCAUUUUAUUAUUCAGAUUAUUCAAAUUAUAGCAAUUUAUAUUCACUCUAACAGUGUUUGAAUGUGUCUUUCCCUAAAUUCCUAUUUUAAUAUCUGUAAGAUUCCUACUUCUCAGUUCCCAUUUUCUCUUUUUAAUCAGCUAACUAAUACAAUCUAAGAUUAUAAUAAGAAGUAUACUUUUUAAUAAAAAUGGAGUUAUAGUCUUCGUUCUACUUGCAAGAGAGAAAAUGAGUGUGUUAGGACAUUGGCUUCUUCUGAACUCACAAUAUCGCUAUAGAGGUGUUGGUAUUUAAUGCCUAAUAGUUUUGCAGAUGUUGUAAACUGGAUUUGUGUAUUUUUAUGGCAUAUAUUGUGGUGUAUAGAUCAAAUAACCAAGGUCUAUGAACUAUACCACUAACAAAAUAUGCACUAUGGAGGUCUUGGAGAAUGUGUAAAAUAUGAUCUACAUGUUAAGAGAAUGGCUAUGGGAUGACAUGAUCCUCUCUUCCAUUUUUCUGUGGAGUAAUAUUGGGGAUGCAUAUGUUAUUUUUGAUGUCAUUAAAAUAUUUUUAAUUAUAAAAAAUUAUGAAAAAAUAAAUCUGUUUGCUUCCCAGCAGGACAAGACAUUAAAAGUUUUUUAUCACGAGAAAAGUUAAAACAAAAUGUAAAACAGAAACCAAGCAGGUGGGAGGGAAGAGGAGGGGAUGGGUACAUUCAUGCCUGAUGGGUACAAUACAUGCCAUCU